CCAAGAACACCCGAGUUUCUAUGUCUCCAGCUUCAGGAGAUAUAGCCCAACCCCCACCCCCACCCCAACCUGCCGAACCCAAACCCUCGAGCGGACUUGCUAGUGUUUUCAAGAGCCUGACUGGCAGCAAGCUAUCCCGUCCUAAUAAUGCCCGAUCAACCGCCCAAUCAUCUCAGCAGCCGACUGCCGCUGGAAACUUGCAAUCUGCAAUAUAUGGAGGGCCCCCGAAUUACGAGAAGCUAUAUGAGCAAUUGAAGAUCGGGAAUUCUCUACCGGGGCGCAUUGCGGCAGCUGAAAGUUUACGCUAUGCCAUCGACAAUUACCCUCUUAAUGCUGUAAGCAUCAUUGGAAAUAUUUAGAAAAUGGUACUGAUGGUCAGCAGGUGACAGCUAUAUUCAACGAAGGAAAGGAUCUCAUCGAGUCUACCAAGUCUAGAGAGGCACGGCAGGCAGGAUUUGGACUAUUGACUGCUUGCGUUAAGAACUCGACUUCGACAGACCCAGAGCGCAUGGCCUAUUUCUCGGUUCUCACCGCACCAGCAAAUCCACAAGACUUCCACUUGCAAGUCAGAUCUGUGAUGGAGCUCUCAAAACAUGGCAAAGAUUUGUCGGGCUUCCACUAUCGCGCCAUACCACUCCUGACUACAUGGAUGCACACUGCUUUCAACCUGACAGCAAAUGCUCGAAAGAUUCACCUCAAAAAUCCUUCUACAACGCCCCUAGAGGAGGAAGCCAUUCUUUACGGGCUCUUUGCCUUCUUGACCGACCUCAUAAAAUUCAGCUUCGUUGUUUCAAGUGAAGAAGUUACAGCAAAAUUGCUUGAGGAAAUCCUCAGUAUAUGCAGCCGCACGCCACUAUCGGAUGAUCUGAAGGCCUGCAUUAGUGUUGUAGAUGCAAUCAUGACAUACGGAGAAGUACCAAGCUACAAGCUACCGGAUUGCGUCAAAGUUCUCUCGUCGGUUCUUCCAAUUCCCAGAUCCCCCUCAGUUCCCAAAUCCGAUGAUCUAAAAACCAAAGCAUGGAAAAUCCUUCGUAAUUUCUCCCGAUCUCAUAACGGCCAAGCAGUCGUCCGUAUCCUUUUGGAAAUCCUCCACGAGCCUUCUCAUGGGGAAAAGACUGCCGACCAAAAUUACCUUCAAAUCCGGGGGGCCAUGUGUCUAUUACGUAAGCUAUUUGCCAAAAAUGGCCAAGACAGCUUUCCCCUGGUUCCUUUUACGGCGUUGGUUCGAGCCCUUGAUAGUGUCACUGCUUUUGGACACCACGCGAAAAUUGAUGGAGAUGUACUCGAACUUGUUUUAUCAAUCUUCGGGAACAAAUGCCAAGAAUUGAAGCAUAACGUGAUGGAAGAGGACUGGACCUUACUUUUUGAGGUGGUCAUUAAGUGUUCAGAAGGAGCAUUGGAGACAUCCGAUGGCCGUCCAGUCCCUAGCCGUUCACAAGUAUCAAGUCCUCAUGGAACGAGCGAUGGUGGAAGCGAACCUGGGCAGUCGACAAACUUGGCGCAGAGCUUGUAUAAUUUCAUUGUCAGAAUCGAGAAGCUUCUAGUUGAAAUCCCUGGCAAUGGCCUCUUCCAAAGGGAAGACUGUAUCAGAUUCUUUGCGAAAGUUCAUGCACAUCUUCCGGAAUCAUGCGCAAAGUUAGUCAUCGAUCAUUAUACGGAAUAUAGAUACUGCUAUCCUUCAGACUUGGGCUGGAAGACGAAUGUCAAUACUAUUGUCGAAGCCUUCUUUGGUGACCGAUCCCAACCUGCACAUAUCCGGCUUCAUGCUCUCAAGGCCGUCACAGACGUUUUUGGCGUCAUUGAGAUGUUGGACGACCACGAGGAUCCCGACAUUGUCCAAACAUUCGUUUCCGCUAUUCUGGAUAACAUUGGAGACGAGAAAGACAUUGCGAUUCUGCAGAAGCUUGUGGCAUUCGCUGUUGCUGUAGCCCGGAACGCUGACAAUUCUCUCUUCGAUUAUGUCAUUCGCGCAGUUCGCGGUAGUGUCAUGAGUGAUCGUCUUCAAUCCCCACUUGCAUCGCCUCCUUCCUCUCGGCAGAGUUUGCUCAGCAUAAGUAGGCCAAUAACCUCACCAACUCAAAGCAGCAUCAUUCAGACACCAUCCAAUGUUGUCACAAAGGGCCUCGUUCAGAUCUUCAUGAGAGUAAUGGACACUUCUGCUUACAAGUCUGUUAAAGUAUUUGAAGAACUGCUCUGGAUCGCUAGAUCUCACGAGUGUGAGAUAGAUGCUCGUUUAUCAGCCAUGAAAAUGCUCUUUCGGUUGCGCGCGGACUGGGCUCAUAGAAUUCACUUGGUUAUUUCCACAGAAUCCGAUGGUCUUGCUGCCUCGUUAUUUCGUACGUCAGCGUCACUUGCCAGGAAGCAAGCAGCCGAUGAAGCGGCACACCAGCAUCGUGUGUCACGAAACGACGAUUUGUCGAAUUCCAAGGGUUCACGGAAUACCUCGGCUCCCUCUAUUGCCAGACAGUCUCAUCGAUCCAGCAGUGGACUGGUGAGAACGAUCCAACGGAAUCACCAGAUGUGGAUGUAUCCAGAUUCUGAGGCAUUGCCUGAGGAUAUUCUUAAGAAAGCAAGUUCGUUAUUGGUCUCUUUGGUCGGAAUUGAAGACCCACAAAACGACUACAAAGGGGUCCGAGCAGAUGGUAAUGUUUUGACCCACGCGCAAAACCCAGACGGGGAGAAAUGUGACGAGCCAUUGCCAAAAGUUCUUCAAAAGAGAAUUCUCGAUAUUGGCACAUAUCUCGACACCAUCGCGGGCUUGCUUCAAAACGGAUGCGACUGGGAGGUAUACAGCUUUAUAUUGGUUCACCUCCCUUCACAGCUCACCAACCAAGCACUUUUCAGAGGCUCAAUUACUCAGAUCCGGCGUCUGAGAGAGGUGCUGUGUGAUUUGCUCAAAAACAAUAGUUUUCAAGAACCCCCUAUAUCUUCAGGUCUUCGGAAGUCCGAUGUUGCGAUAUGUCUAUUCCAAGUCUUGAAUAUGACCAUGGGGUACCACCAAAAUUUCUCAAAACCUGAGCAGGACGAUAUCGUUCGAACAUUUCUCCAAGGUAUCGGGUCCACGUGGGAACGUACAGCAAAAUGUUGUAUUCACGCUUUGACUAUAUGCAGCCAUGAAAUACCUGGGUCGACGAGUAAGCAGCUCGUCACCAUUUUGCAAAAAAUGUCAACGAUUAUUACACAGUCUCAUGUAGCGAUACAUAUUCUCGAAUUUCUAGCUUGCCUUGCUCGACUGCCCGAUCUCUACGUCAACUUCAGAGAAGAAGAAUACCGCACAGUGUUCGCGAUCUGCUUUCGCUAUCUUCAAUACGUGCGUGACCAAAAUGACAAGGAAUCCAAGGAUAUCUCUGCUCGUAGCAGCUCUUCCAUCGCCCGUAGCUCGGGACCUGCUCUUACGGAUCACGGCCUCUCAGAAAGUAACUUUCAGCCAAAUAGCUCCGAUGACCUUCCACAGUAUGUGUAUGCUCUGGCAUAUCACGUCAUAAUCUUUUGGUUUCUCUCUUUAAAGCUGACAGACCGUGCUGUCCAUGUCAGCUGGAUCACUAGAAACCUGGUCUCAACAGAUUCAUUCAACAAAGAAAGCAUCGAUGAGCAAGCGCAGGUUACACUCGAUUUCAUGCAACGUGUCACUUAUGCUGACGUGGACGAGUCCGCUGCUGAUCCUACCUUUACCAGUGAGCGCUUUGGCAAGAUCGAGAAGAAGCGAUGGAUUGUUGGUAAAAGUAUCGUGACAGUGGAGCAGGCCACACGAGGGGGAUGGGCUCAAAUCAAAAAGCGCCAGCCAUCUGGCACAUCAUGCUACAUUAUCAGAGAGAGAUUCAGUCGCCCGCCUCCUCAUCAGACCCAAUAUCCCAAUGAGCCAACUCGCGACACCAAAUUGUCAGAUGCAAAGAUGGUUUUCCCAAGCCAUCUGCUUCUUCAAUUGACGGCUUCAGUACCUCAAGUUGGAGACACAGUUCGACCAAUUCCUCUACCAACAGAAAACCCGGGCCUCGAACGUGCUAUCAAAACAUUUGAUCGUAAUUUCACUGUAGAUGGCCAUAAAGUUGGAGUCAUUUACAUUGCAGAGAACCAGACGCAUGAGGUCGAGAUCCUUGCCAACAUCAUGGGAAGUGGCGACUACACCAGUUUUCUUUCCGGUCUUGGAACCCUAACCAAGUUGAAGGGUGCGACUUUCAACACUCAGGGGUUAGAUAGAGUUGGUGACAGCGAUGGACAGUAUGCUUUUUGUUGGCGUGACCGAGUCACUGAGAUCGUGUUCCAUGUCACAACACAAAUUCCAACAAACCUAGAGAGUGACCCUCAAUGCAUCGGUAAAAAACGGCAUAUCGGAAACGAUUUUGUCAAUAUUAUCUUCAACAAUUCCGGUUUACCAUUCAAAUUCGACACCUUUCCUUCCGAGUUUAAUUAUGUCAAUAUCGUAAUCACGCCAGAAUCGAGAGCUUCUUUUGUUGCGACUCGAACGCGUACAGAGGCAAACGCAAAGAAUGCAUUCUACAAGGUUCAGGUCAUGAGCAAACCCGGUUUCCCAGAGAUCUCCCCAGCUGCGGAGACCAAAAUUAUGAGCUUGGCUGUUUUGCCUGGUUUUAUACGGCUCCUAGCUCUUAACGCUUCCGUGUUUUCACUUGUGUGGGCGAACAGAGAAGGGGGUGAGCAUGUGUCAUCCUGGCGCAACCGGCUCCGAGAAAUCAAUAAGCUGCGAGAAAAAUACAACCCAAAGGCGGCCUCGACUCCUCUGUCCACACCAGUGCCAUCUAACGGAAACGUACGAGACAGUAUCCAAAACCUUCGAAGAUCGUCGGUAGCAACUUUCUUGACAAGCUCUAACAGCGAGCCAGUCUCUCAGCGGUCUUCACUCUUGUCACCUGUAAAUACAGAAGUUGGUGUUAGUAGCACGGAAGGAAGCAUUGUAGAGGAUCUUGACUUCUCAAAAUGGUCUUGA